AUGUACUUACGACCCGCGCAGCUGCCGAAGGGUGAGAAAGUUCUCCGAAUAAUAGACUUUGUAGACAAUAUCAUUCCCCGGGAAGACGAGCGAACAAUUUCAGAUGGGGGACAUACAAAAUUAAUUGUGUCGUACGGCCCAAAGAAACCUAAGCUAGAACAGGUCACGUUCUCUCAGUGGGUGAUAGCUAAUACUCGAUUUUUUUAUAACUUAAUGAUAAGUAGGAAGUUGAAUUCGCUAGAGGACAUCAUAAAUUAUCCUGCUUACACAGUUAAAGUCAUGGAAUUAUCUAAUCGCUUUCAAUGGCCUUCUGUCCUUAAGUAUGAUGAUGAGUUUCGCUUAUUGCAGGCCACCUAUGGCUAUCCUCGGAGUUUCGAUUGCAACCAUUUACACACAGUUACCCUGCUAGCAGAGUCGCUUCGAUAUUUCCUAGAUAAGUCGGGAAAGAGGAAGCGACUCUGCCGACACCUUCAAGUUCCUUUAUCCAGCUUUUUGGAUGAGUCAGACAAGUUUUAUACUGGAUAAACCAGUUUUAUCUGUGCACGCACGCAUAUUCUGGAAUUUUGCUGACUCUUUCUGCCCCCACGCUAAAUAAAAAAACAAAUAGCUGCCGCUUCAAUUUCAUGCGGGAAUUUUGAGAAAAUUAUACAUUGAACGUUCAGUUUUAGAAAAUUGGAAAAUAUACCCAGAUUCGAGAUGGAUUUUGUUUGGGAUUUAACCAUGUACUUAGCCGAUUUUAUUGCGUGAACGGAUUCACAAUCCAGUAUUGUGUUACGCGAAGUUUUUGGAAGGAUAAACAAAUAUAUAAGAAACAAUAUCUAUGCUUAUUCUUCUGUGUUUGCGAUAACAUUAAUUCAAAAUAAGAUCAUGAGGCUACAGAAUCCAUGUAACUUGUUGCAUUUAAAUGAUCGAUGCUUUUACAGCUGUUUGUGGAUAACAACACCAGACUUGCGAUACCAAAAACGUCUUUGGAUUUUGCGUUUUCCUAGGACGUCAAUCAAAAUGUGAAGAAGCGGCGCUUUCUUCCCUCUCUCGCAUUUUAUACAUGUUAGCGAACCUCUUAGGAAACAAAAGGUUGUCGUUCGUGAUUUCUGAUAGGUGGAUUUCGAUCCGUUUUGUGUGUUUCUGUGUUUCAAGGUUAGAUGCUUUGUUUUUGAAAAGCACCGUAAGUUUUACCUUAGCUCUAAGAUUUUUUUAUCUUCUUUACACUGAAACAUGGCAAGUUUAGAUUCCAAAGGUGAAAUUGUUCCUAUACUAGAGCUUCCAAAUCCAGAGGAAACACAGCUACGGAAGGGUGAAAACGAACCGGUACGUUGCCGCUGACAUUUACAUUUGCUGACAAACACAGUGGAUGCUACGGUAACGGUUUGAUUGACGUCGCAGAAAAAUUUGAAUUUGGAGCAUGUUCAGUAUGAAUUGUUGAGGAUGUCGGCAGAGGUUCCUUCCUCUUCCCGACUUAUCUAGGAAGAUCGAAGGAGACUCUGUUCGCAGGGUAACACAGUUCUCCUACAGCCCAUUCCCAAAACCCCUACCCCUACCCGCUCGACAAGUCGAGUCCCUGGCCCAAGCACUCAGUUCGCUGUGACAACUAGCGAGGGGCGUACCAUUUGCCGUAGCUACAACUUCCCUCGGGGUUGCUCCUUUCCCAACUGCGUUUACGAACACGCUUGUAACCGACGCGUUCAGAGGGGUAGGACGUGCGGCCAAAGCCACCCAGGUCGUAGCCAUGCUAAUUCUCUCAAUACCCCACUGCCGGGAACGAGGGCCACCCCCCAGUGACUACCCCUGACAAAUUCGCUCCUUAAUCAGAGUUUAUGGUUAUCCGAAUUAGAGGGGGACGCAGAUAGUGCAUUUUUGAGCGAUGGCGUAUUAUUUGGUUUUAAGUUAACAGGCGUUGACACCACGUUUAAAGAAGUAGACAUGCCGAAUUAUAAAUCGGCCACUAACUCUGCUGUGAGGGACACAGCAGAGGAAACGAUUCGCGAUGAGAUCAGACAGGGAAACUAUGUUUUCUCGGCAACUAAACCGACGGUCGUAAGCGCCUUAGGAGCUAUUCAAAAGAGUCCCCCCCCCCCGGGUUCCCAAGCCGAAUUCGAUCUUUCACCGGUUGACACAGGCUGGGCACAUGAUGUUAAGCGCGGCUAUCAUGAAAUCAUAGUCUAUUUAAACAAGAACGAGAAGUCCGAAAACUACAGCAAAGCUGAUUUAAAACAACGCGUAUUGUUUUUUAUUACAAUAUUUCGGCUGGCCAUACCAGCCUUCUUCAGGUUUACAGAUGUUUCUGAACUUAUGUAGCAAUCACAAUAUUAUAUAGAUGGAGAAUGUCGCAAUAAAAGGGAGAGGCGGAAAUGACGUACAGCAUAAAAACUGGAAAGGAUAAAUACUAAGGAUAUGGAUUACAAUAAUUCGUCACGGCGGUUUUUGUAAUCCAUCCUUAGUAUUUAUCCUUUCCAGUUUUUGCGCUGUACGUCAUUUCCGCCUCUCCCUUUUAUUGCGACAUUCUCCAUCUAUAUAAUAUUCAGAUUGCUACAUAAGUUCAGUAACAUCUGUAAACCUCAAGAGGGUUGGUAUGGCCAGCCGAAAUAUUGUUAUAAAAAAACAAUACACGUUGUUUUAAAUCAGCUUUGCUGUAGUCUUCGGACUUCUCGUUCUUGUUUCUUUAUAUUUUGGCUGAUUUGAUCUCUUUUCUAGAGAUCCAACGUUUACAACUAGCAGGAACUUCGUCCACGGUUUUUGCAGUUAAUUUAAUAGUCUAUUUAGAUGAUUUUCUUGUUAUCGGAAGCACUUACCGCGAUUGCAACGAAAAAUAUGACGCACUUUUGGUGCUACUUCAGGAUUUGGGUUUCUCAAUAAGCUGGCGGAAGCUCGUUCCACCAACGCAAUGUCUCACGUUCUGGUAG